GUGACGUCAGCAGACAGUCCUUUCACUUUCAUUUCAGAGGAAACAGCGUUCACACCUUAAAGCAGGGACAGAUACAUAAACUGUUUCCAGGCUGAGGACAACAAACACAGAAGACUGUCAACAUGUCAGCAGACGCUGAGGAAGAGCCGAUGGAAACGGACCCUCCUGCAACAUCACAUGGGAGUGCAGAGAUGACUUUAUCACAGAACAAAGACAGUGUUCAAGUUACGCUCUCGGUUCAGUGGCCAAAAGAUGCUAAACCAGAGACAUGUAAAAACAAACUAGAGAAAAUUCUUCAGAGUUGGGCCAACAAAAACGAACUUGAGCUAAACUUAAGCGUUGUGACUGUCGCAGCGGAUGGGAGAGCUGUGAUAAGGAUUAAACCUGCUCCAGCUGUGGCAGACCUUCAGCAACUGAGUGGUAAAAAACUGACUGGGAAGGACGGUUACACAGUCAUCAUAACAAAUGUUGAUCUGUCAACACAAAAGCUGGAGAAAAAAAUACAAGAAGAUGUUUCAGUGACUCCUAUUCCUCCAACUGUGUCAGAGCCACACAAUGAGAAAAAAUCGGUGGAUCAAAGUAGUUCCAGCAGUUCAUCAGCAAUUCCUACAGCAGGAGAAGCGAAGGGUACUGUUCCAGUUGGGCUUUUCUGGUAUGUGAACCACAUCUACAAGGAGGAGAUAAAACGCAUCGAGAAAGAGAACAAAGUGAAACUCAAUGCAGAAGUGAAUGUGACAUUUGAAGCUGGAGAUGGAGACAGCCAAAAAGCUUUAUAUGAGUUUACUAACCUUGUUCAGAAGUGCAUAAAUGAGUCAGCUGGCAUAAAUAUUCCUUUCAAGUUUGUAACUCCAGAAGAGCUGAAAGACACACUGCAUAUCAUCCAAAAGCCUGAGAACAAGCUUUUGUGUACUAUAUCCUCUGAUGUAAUGACCGUAUGUGGGCCAAGACAAAGUCAAGAUGCCGUCAAAAAGGCCUUAAAUGCAUCACAGAAAACCUUAAACGAUAACUACACUUCAGCUAGAGAGUCUACACAGGCGUCUCAAGGAACAUCACUGAACAUUGACAUGAGCAAUGUCAAAGAUCCUCUUGUGGAUACUGGACUGGCCAUGGAUAAGAACCACUGGAAGAUAUUGACUACUGUCUACGAUGAAAACAUAGCAAAGAUCAAAGCUAGGUUUGGUGUGGACUUCAAGGAAUCAGCCAUCAGUCAAGACAAAGUUGAAGUCAAAGUUCACUGUAACAGAUCUGGAGGAAAUGCAUCAAUGGAGAGCCAUGCUGUCAGAGCUCUCCUUCAACUGUACCAGAAGGUGUUCACAAGACCCAUAGGCAUGAUCCAACACCAUGGUGCCACUGGGUUCAAUGGAUCACCGAACUUUCAUCAAUCAGAGGGCGCCUCCAGCGGACUGGUGUCGAAUGGCCAAUCAGAAUACAGCGUGCGCAACACUGAAGCAACCACAGGAGAGGGAGCAACAGCUGGAGGCAACGAAGAUGAAAAGUGUCCAAUAUGCAUGGAUGGAUUUACCAAUAAGAAGCGGCUCAAGUGUAAACAUGAAUUUUGUGAGGAAUGCCUGACACAAUCCAAACAAAGCAUGGGACCUGUCUGUCCUGUAUGCAGAGAUGUCUUUGGUACGAUUGAGGGAAACCAGCCAGAUGGAAAGAUGUCAUGUGAUUUUAAUUCCUAUUCCCUCCCUGGAUUGUCAGGCUAUGGCACGAUAGUCAUCAGAUAUGAUAUGCAAGGUGGAAUGCAGACGGAAAAGCAUCCAAAUCCUGGAAAUUACUAUGGUCCUAUCCACAGAACAGCAUACCUGCCAGACAACAAAGAGGGCAGAGAAGUUCUGCAUCUCUUAAAGAAAGCGUUUGACCGGAGGCUCAUUUUCACUGUUGGGACAUCCAGAACGACUGGACUGGAGAACCAGGUGACCUGGAAUGACAUUCACCACAAAACCUCAAUGUCAGGAGGACCAGAGAGUUUUGGGUAUCCUGACCCUGGUUACUUGAGCAGAGUCAGAGAGGAGCUGAAGGCCAAAGGCGUUGAGUGAAGACAUUGGUGGGGAGAGUUGUGUCCACACAUUAAAAAAAAAUAAAAAAUCAAGAUGAUCAUUUAAAACACAAUUACUGGAAUGCACAUACUACUCUUUUGUAUGCUGUCUCUCUUCUCUUCCAAUGUUUCAUAUAAUUCGUAUGGGUUGCUUUGAGGUGCACCAGACAGCAUUUACAGCUUUUAUGGUUUAGCAGCUUUUAGUAUAACUUUUUUUGAUGAAGGAUUUGUUGAUUGAUGUUCCAUUAAUAGUAACAACAGAAUAAGAAUGACAUUUGCAUCCACAUAUUUACCUGUAUGUCUACAGUACACAUGAUCUGAUUUACUGUUAAAUAAAUAAAUGAUUAAACCAACCCA